CAACACAACACUAGACGUACUGGUGACGUAACAGUCGCAAGGUAUGAUGGGUAUUGUAGCUGGUGCCAGACAGAACUGUGCUCGCUGCCUAGUUUGCUGCUAGUAGACUACUCUUUGGAAUGCCCAGUUGAACUACACACAGAAACUUGAAUAAACAGACCUUUGUCAGAGAAUCACCACGAAUUGAGGAUGUCCGUGCUGUCACCUAGGAAAUAUGCAAAGUAAUCACAUAUUUGCAUAGCCUGUCAUUACAAUCUUUACAAAACAGCCCAGAGCGACCCACACAGAUGUUGUAUGGUUUGUUCCCAGCCCAGAGCGACCCACACAGAUGUUGUAUGGUUUGUUCCCAGCCCAGAGCGACCCACACAGAUGUUGUAUGGUUUGUUCCCAGCCCAGAGCGACCCACACAGAUGUUGUAUGGUUUGUUCCCAGCCCAGAGUGACCCACACAGAUGUUGUAUGGUUUGUUCCCAGCCCAGAGCGACCCACACAGAUGUUGUAUGGUUUGUUCCCAGCCCAGAGCGACCCACACAGAUGUUGUAUGGUUUGUUCCCAGCCCAGAGCGACCCACACAGAUGUUGUAUGGUUUGUUCCCAGCCCAGAGCGACCCACACAGAUGUUGUAUGGUUUGUUCCCAGCCCAGAGCGACCCACACAGAUGUUGUAUGGUUUGUUCCCAGCCCAGAGCGACCCACACAGAUGUUGUAUGGUUUGUUCCCAGCCCAGAGCGACCCACACAGAUGUUGUAUGGUUUGUUCCCAGCCCAGAGCGACCCACACAGAUGUUGUAUGGUUUGUUCCCAGCCCAGAGCGACCCACACAGAUGUUGUAUGGUUUGUUCCCAGCCCAGAGCGACCCACACAGAUGUUGUAUGGUUUGUUCCCAGCCCAGAGCGACCCACACAGAUGUUGUAUGGUUUGUUCCCAGCCCAGAGCGACCCACACAGAUGUUGUAUGGUUUGUUCCCAGCCCAGAGCGACCCACACAGAUGUUGUAUGGUUUGUUCCCAGCCCAGAGCGACCCACACAGAUGUUGUAUGGUUUGUUCCCAGCCCAGAGCGACCCACACAGAUGUUGUAUGGUUUGUUCCCAGCCCAGAGCGACCCACACAGAUGUUGUAUGGUUUGUUCCCAGCCCAGAGCGACCCACACAGAUGUUGUAUGGUUUGUUCCCAGCCCAGAGCGACCCACACAGAUGUUGUAUGGUUUGUUCCCAGCCCAGAGCGACCCACACAGAUGUUGUAUGGUUGUGUGAUUCAUUGUAAAUUCAUUAGAUUGCAGAUGAAAUGUAUGUUGCCUGAGGGGCACAUGAUGCAGCUGACAGAGCCAUCAAAUGACCCACAGGGAUGAAAACAACAUGUCGGGGGUGCCCAUCAGCAGAUAGAAGGUGAGGGCUACUAUGAGCAGCAGACAGAAGGGUGAGGAGAACGUCUGGUAGGCUGUAGACGGCAUGAAGAUGUCCUCAUAUUUAUAGAUGCUGAUCAUGUGAUCGGAGAC